AUGGCCAAGGACAGCUCGAUGGUCGGCGCAAAGUCAAAGCAAUCCAAACAUGCCGCGGAUGACUUGAGCGACGUUGAGAUGAACCAACCAAUUCCGACCGAAAGGAAGUCCAAAUCAGAUUCCAAGGACAAGAAAAAGCGCAAGAAGUCAUCCGCCGACGCUGAAGAUGAAGUGACAAGUCAAAAAAAGCGCCGACACAGUACCGAGGACAAACAGGACAAAGAUGAAAACCCGAAGAAAAAGAAGAAGCGUGUGUCCUUUGGACCCGGUACGAAGACCAGGGAUGCCGACAGCGAUAGUGACAGUCCUGCGGACGACGAGGCGGACGACGAGCAUGACGACAAGGAUAGCUCCGAGCCCGUGAAAAAUGCCGACUCCGAAGCCAAGGAAGCCGAAGAUGUGGAGAACAAAGUGAUUGAGGAAAUGAAGAAGCGCAAACGGGAAAAAAAGAAGGCGCGCAAGACGGCCAGCGCUUCUGCUACCCCAUCCUCCUCUGCGUCUUCGGCUCAGAUUCACGAGACCCCCAUACUGGGCUACCUGAGCUGGUACUACCGCGAUCGUGCGUCCUGGAAGUUCCAGAAGAAUCGCGAAACACACCUUCUCAAACACCUUUACUCAAUUGAAGAUGUGCCCGUCCAAUACAAUGUCCCCCUCUUGACAUAUCUGCAAGGGCUCAAAGGAGACGCUGCUAAGAAACGGUUGAGCGACGGCGCAGUGGCAGUUCUCAAGGAAGACAGUGCCGAUGUUGCUACCGAGUAUCAAGAUGCCGUGACUGAGUUUCGGUCGGCGCUUCCCGGCGGCGGAGAUGCGCUGAACGUGGCCGAAUCAAGAGAUGGGCUUGAUGUGGAGGCAAACAAGCGUCUUCGUAGGAGAGAAAGAGCGGAGCUGGUGUUUUUCGCGAUCACUGGAGAACUGUUUGAUCGUGAAGAAGUGACCCGCAAGCAGAAAGAGAUUGCUCGGGCCGAGGCACAAAAGAUGAAGAAGAGGAAGAACCGAACCGUUGUCGUGGACAUCUCGAGCAGUGAAAGUGACAGUGAUAACGAGAAGACUGCUCGAACCAACAAGGUCAAGGCCAAGGCAGAGAGCAGCGACGACUAUACCAGCAGCAGUGGAAGUGACAGUGAUGAAAGCACCAGCAGCAGUGGCAGUGACUCGUCGAGCAGCGAAAGCGACAGUGCGGAGACCCCUAAGAAAAAGCCUGCGCCGGAUACGCCUGCCUCUGGGAAGGGCACCCGCGUGCGAAAAGGCUCUUCAUCGACAGUCAAGGAGCCUGCUCCUGCCGCCCCUAGCAAGAACAAGAAGAAGCAAAAGCGCAAGCUGCGUACCACGCAGAUUGAAAUUUCGAGCAGUGAAAGUGAUAGCGACUGA